UUUUAAUCAAGCAUCAGGAAUUGUUCAACGGUGAGCCUUCAACUAAAUUUAAUAUGAAGUCUCGUAACUAAAAUCCAAAAAAAUAAAAAUAAAAUAAUAAAAUAAUAAAAUAAUAAACUUGUGUGCACUACCGUGUAAGGAAAAAAAUGCCCUCAAAAUCUGUGGACAAUGCAGAAAAAGACUGAUUUGGAAGCUCCAAAAAUAACUAUUAGACUUGGAUGCUUGUUCUGCCAUGGUGAAUCUCUGUAUUUUUUCUUUCUUCGGCAUUUUUUUCUUUGCCGUCGCCGCCGCAUCUCAGGAGCUCUUCUACGCCGGAUUUCGUGACGCCACAGCCGCCGCCAGCUUAACCCUACCGGAUAUUGCGAAGAUCGAGAAUAGUGGAAUCCUAAAGCUCACCGACGACACCGACAUGAAACAGGGUCAUGUGUUCUACGAAUCCCCUGUUCGCUUCAAAAACUCUUCCCACGCCAAACCUUUUUCCUUCUCUACCACUUUUGUCUUCGCCAUCGUCCCUGAGUUCCCGAGCCUUGGCGGCCAUGGCCUCGCCUUCACCAUUGCGCCUUCCAAAAACCUCCUUGGAUUUCCCUCACAGUAUUUAGGCCUUCUCAAUACGACCAAUUUCGGAAACUUCUCGAACUACUUAUUCGCCGUCGAAUUCGACACCGUUCAAAAUGUUGAGUUCGAAGACAUCAACGAUAACCACGUUGGAAUCAAUCUCAAUAGUAUGAUCUCCAGUGCCUCCACUACUGCCUCUUAUUUCAUUAACGACGGGAACACCAAGCAACAUAUAAACCUAAGAAGUGGGAUACCAAUUCAAGCUUGGAUUGAUUACGAUGCUUCUGUAAAUUUUCUCACGGUAGCGAUUUCUCCAUUUUCAACCAAACCCAAGAAACCGAUUCUGUCGUUAAAUGUAGAUCUCUCUCCGAUUCUUCACGAGUUUAUGUUUAUUGGGUUCUCAGCCUCCACUGGAGUGCUUUCGAGUUCUCACUAUGUGUUGGGAUGGAGUUUCAGCAUGAAUGGACCAGCCCAGACUCUGAAUAUUGAUUCUCUGCCUUCGGUUCCCGGGCCGAAGAAAACAUACUCUCAUUUAGCAAUUGGGAUUUCGAUUCUCAUCGUUUUGAUCGUGAUAACUGGAAUCUUUUUUACUCUUUACAAAAUCACAAAGAAGAUAGACAUAAUCGAAGCCUGGGAGCUUGAAAUUGGCCCGCACCGGUACUCUUACAAGGAAUUGGAGCAAGCAACGAAACAAUUUAGCAACAGAGAGGUACUUGGACGUGGGGGCUUUGGGAAAGUAUACAGAGGAACAAUACCGAAUUCGAAAACCCAAGUGGCUGUGAAGCGAAUUUCCCACGAAUCGAAACAGGGCCUCCGCGAAUUUAUAUCGGAAAUCACAAUCAUUGGUCGGCUUCGUCACCGAAACCUUGUUCAAUUACUGGGAUGGUGUCGUCGCCGCGCCGAUGAGGAUCUGCUUCUUGUUUAUGAGUUUAUGGAAAACGGGAGUUUGGAUAGCUACAUAUUCGGCAAACCAAAAGUGGUUCUGAGUUGGAAACAGAGGUUUAAGAUCAUAACAGGCGUUGCUUCCGGCCUUUUGUACUUGCACGAAGGAUACGAACAGGUGGUCAUUCAUAGAGAUGUGAAGGCCAGCAACGUUUUGCUCGACGACGAGAUGAACGGAAAACUCAGCGAUUUCGGCCUCGCCAAGCUCUAUGAACACGGCGAGAACCCGACAACGACUCGAGUCGUCGGAACUGUGGGCUAUCUGGCGCCGGAGCUGCACAGAACUGGAAAAGCAACAACCAGCUCUGAUGUUUACGCGUUCGGCGCACUCGUGCUCGAAGUGGCUUGCGGCCGCCGGCCGAUCGGCUCGAGGUCGGUGCUGGAGGAAAUGGUGUUGGUGGAUUGGGUUUGGGAGAAGUAUACGGAAGGAAAAUUACUGGAAGUGAUGGACCAGAAAUUGAAUGGGGAUUUCAAUGAGGUUGAGGCAGUGAUGAUUUUGAAAUUGGGGUUGCUCUGUUCGAAGGAUUCGGCGGCGGCGCGGCCGAGCAUGCGCAUGGUUGCGCGGUAUUUGAACGGCGAGAUUGGUGUUCCCGACGAGAUUAUGGGUCCGAGAAUGGUGGAAGGAGGGAAUGAAUUUGUGGAUUCGUCGAGUGAAAGUAAAGACAUCAGUUUUGCUUCUUUAUCUACUUCUUCUCUUUCGGUUCUCAAUGGCAGAAGUUGAUUUCAAUUGAAAUUGAAAACAGCUCCAUGAUAAUGUUAAACAUAUUUAAUAAAAAUUGAAGUCGCAUUAAUGAACGUUCCUUAGAUUUCUUUGUAGUCA